AUGGACCUGCUUCAGCCGCCCCUCCUUCCGCAAACGUCGCUUGACGAAUUCGACCCAUCGUUUCAACGAAUCGACGGCUGGCCGUGGCCUGGGAACAAUCUGGACGGCUCGCAGCAGUCCUGCGAGAUGGAUUUAGAGUUCGACGCCGCAAUGGCUGCGCUGCUGGCGGAACCGGCCGUCAGAAUACCCUGCUCCGCGCCAGAACUCCGCGAACUUGUGCCAUCAGCGCAAACUGCUUCCGCGCAAGCCUCCGCGCCCAGCGCCGGCGCGUCUCCGGGAACUGGAUGGCGCGCGCCCGCAGCAGUCCUCGGCGCAGCACCACCAAGUGCCGUUCUUCCGCCGAAGCCCGGCGCAACCGUGGCGGAGGCUUUUGCGCUGGCAGCCGCGGGUGCAGCGGGCCUGGCGCGAGCGGCGGAGCCUACAGCCGCUCUGGCGGAAGAUACCCCUCCCCCCACCGCCACGUCAGGCGGAACUAGCACAGGACUUAGCGAUAACAACAGUUUAGGGUCUGAAGCGGUCACGGCUCCGCUACCAGGAGAGUAUACAGACGCGGAGAUGCUGCUGACGAUGGUUAAGAAUUCUCAGAAUCCGGCAGCAGCAGAGUAUACAAACGCGGAGAUGCUAUUAGCGAUGCUGCUGCUGCAGCAGCAGCAGCGCGCUGGGAGCCUCAUGGGAGCAGCAGGUAGCAGUCUCGCGCAGGCAAAUGUGCUUUCUACAGCAACCGCCGCUGGUACUAGCGGUCGUGAUUCUGCCGGUCUACAUGGUGGCGGUAGUGGUGGCGAUGGUGGUGGCGGUAGUGGUGGCAGUGGCGCGCAGGCAACUGUGCUUCCAGCGAGCAACGACACUACCUACAAUCGUCCUGCUGCCGCUCUGCAUGGCGGUGGCGGUGGUGGCGGUGGCAGCAACGGCAGCGUCACGCUGCAUCCGUUCGAUGUCAUGCUGGGGAUGGACGGACAGGAUCGUUUGGGGGGAGCAGGAGCAGGGCGAGCAGCAAGAGCAGGGCCACCAGCAGCAGCAGCCGUCGCAGCAGCAGCAGCAGCAGCAGCAGCAGAAGCAGACAUGACAACCGGAGCAGCUGAUGUGGAUGGCUCUUUAUCGGAUGCUGCAGUAACGAGGCUUUUGUUAGAGUGGAUAGCGAUGCAAGACACGAGUGCGACGGGCACAGGCCCCGGAGACCACCCCCUGCAGUUCCCCCACCGCCUCUCGCACCACCCUCUGCCCCAAAUGGCCACACGAGGCGCUUCCCCUCUCCUUCCGCCAUCUUCCUCCUUACCCCUUCCGCCAUCGUCCUCCCUACCCCUUCCGCCAUCGUACUUCCUGCCUACCGCCGUGUCUGCUCCUGCCAUUAUUCUCCCGCCAGGCUCUCCGCGCGUUCCCCCGCUCACUCCGCCGCCUGCGCCCCAGGCCAUUUCAUCCCACCCUGUUCCCCCUGCUGCCGCUCCUGACACUGUUCUCCCUCUAGGCUCUCCGCGCAUUCCCCUCCCCACUCCGCCGCCUGCGCCCCAGGGCAUUGCUCGCGGAACGGACACUGGCGGAAGUGCUGGCGGAACGGGUACUGGCGGACGUUCUGGCGGAACUUACACUGGCGGGAUUGCUGGCGGAAGCUCUGCAGCAGGGGCCAUGGGUGUGGGUACGUCCGGAGGUGCGGGUGUGAUGCCUGCGGGUGCAGGGGAGGCGAUGACGUUUGAGGCAGCAGCGCAACAGCUCUUUCUUGCCACUGCGCCUGCUGCGCUAGGAGGGAGGCGGGGAGGGUGGGCAGACAAGGGGGGUGCAUGUGCGGCGAGAGCAUCAGAGGCUCGAGGAGCGUUGCCCUGUGCUUCUGUGGCGCUCUUGCAGGAAGCUGCUGAUGGUGAUGCUGCCGCUGAUGGUGAUGUUGACGGAGAUGAUUAUGGUGUUGGUGAUGGCGUGGAUCCCACAGGUGGUGCUGCUGUGGUGGAAGGAGAGGAGGAGCAACGAGGCCAGCAGCGGAAUAUGGAGAGCAGCUAUGGGCCAGGCGAGGGCAAUCACCCAACAAGUGCAUCAGCAGCAGCAGCAGCAGCAGCAGCAGCAGCAGCAGCAGCAGCAGCAGCAGCAGCAGCAGCAGCAGCAGCAGCAGCAGCAGCAGCAGCAGCAGCAGCAGCAGCAGCAGCAGCAGCAGCAGGCAUCCAGCCAGGCAGUCACCCAGACAAGUGCCAAAGCGAGGCCAUACAACCCGCUUCCAACCCCUGUACCACUGCCCAUAGAUCAGGUGGGCGGAGUGAGGGGCAGGGACUGGGAGCACUCGGCAGGAGUAAGGCGUCCCUCACCACGCAAGCUCGCCGCACCCCUGACCUGUCAGCACGUCUGAAAGGGCUCCUGGGGGUGAUUACCACCUCCUCUCCUCCGAGCAACCAAUGCCGCGCUGCCAGUUCAGCAGCACAUGCGGCAGGAGUGACGUCAACAACAGGAGGUUUGGCAGAUGCUGUGGGGAAGCGUGUGGCAGGGGAUAUGGUCUCAGGUAACCCUGCUGAUGCAAGUGCCGCUGGUAUGGGCUUGGGAGCAGGCUUGCGAGCAGGCUCGGGAGUAGGUUCGGCAAUAGUGGAUGUUUCUGGGCUGCUUCCUGGCAUGGUGGAUGGCGGGAAGGAGAGGCACCUAUGGUCGCAACUGUCGGCUCUGGCUGAGGCUCUCACCACCGAGGACUCGGUGCGGUGGCGGCACUUCAUGCGGCAGGUGCGGAGGGAGGCGGCAGCAGGAGGGGACACGCUGCAGCGCAUCGCCUUCCACGCACUCCAGGCACUGCGGGCCCGCACCGACGGCUCCGCUAUCCAGCAAUUCAACACCCCGCGUGGUAUCUCCGCCGAGGGUAUCAUGGAGCUGAUGGGCCACGACAGUGCUUAUAGCGUGCCAUCCUUUAUGGAGUACAACUAUGCAGCACAGGUGCAAGAGAUAACCCGAGCCUUCAUAGAGUCUCCCGCUCCCUCUCCUGCACCUCCUACCGCAGCAGCAGACGCCAACACAGGCACCAGCACACGGGGAUGGGAGCGACCAUACCCAUCGGCCCCCACCCCGCUGCUCAAGAUCACAGCCGUCGAUUUCAACACAGUGAAGCUCGCAUCUCAACGGACAGGAAUGGUCCAUCUGGGCGGUCGGUACCUGGAGCAAGUGGCCAGGAUGCUCGAUCUCCCUUUCACCUUCCAGGGGGUCGAAACCGCCCCAGAGGAUUUCCACCCGUCAAUGGUGGAAGUGGAGGAAGGGGAGGAGGUAGUGGUGCUAGGCAAAUGGUCCCUUCACCUCUUUCCAGACGACUCGGUCCUGCGGUCGAACCCCCGAAACGCCAUUCUCAAGUGGAUUUUCGACCUCUCUCCGCUGCUCUUCCUGCACGUAGAUCUCGACGCCGAUGCCAACGGGCCCUUCUUCCUCCCGCGCUUCCAGAACGUGGCGCGCAACUUUGCAGCAAUCGUCGAGUCGCUGGACACGAACCUCCCGCACUCUGCUGCGCCCCGGCAGGCCUGCGAGGCUUUCCUGGCCCAUGACAUGGUGAAUAGUGUGGCCUGUGAGGGCACGCACCGCUGGCUGAGGACCGAGCGGCUGGAGCAGUGGAGGAAGCGGGUGGAGGCCGCAGGGUUCCGGCCGAAGCCGCUGCAUGCGGAGACGGUGAGUGCGAUGCGCGUGGUGACAGAGGGAAGAGAUGCGCGGUUUGAGCUGAAGGUUGAUGAGCGGUGGUUUGGGGCGUCUGCGGAGCUGAGGUGGCGAGGCACACCCACUGUGUUUGUAGCCGCGUGGCACUGA